CUUAAAUUGUGGAAUCGAUCGUGCUUUCUCAGUCCUCGCCAAAAACGCAACAAACACCGCCAUCAGCUUCAUCCGCAACAGCAGAGCAUCGGCCUCCCACCAUCUUCUCCAGCAACCAACCGAAUCUAUCCUCUGGCUGGAAAUCAAGUCUAAGCUCCAGCCGUACUUCUUCUUCAAUGUACAGAUGGAGGAAGGAUUGAAGGAAUCAACAGCAAUUUUUUUUGAAGCCUCCGUCUGCUGCUCACCAUCAGAAUUGAACCCCCAGCAGCACCAUCCGACGGCAGCCCUUCUUCUCCGACCAGGAAUCGACUUCAAAGACCCGGCCAGGUCUUCUCUCCAGCAAAUGAACAACCCAACAAGCAGCACAAGUAAUUUCCUCUCUGCACCGGCGGUCAAAAUAAAUAAACGGAUGGCUACAACUCUGGAAGAAUCUCACUGCAGGCCCACCUCCUUGAAUCAACUUUGAAUUACCGCAUCAACAAAAUUCCGGCCGGCGACUUUCGAACUCUACUUCCAACUGCAGCGGCCAAUUCAGUUGUUCAUCACAAUCAUCUAUAUUGAUAUUCUACGGAGCUUCUCAUUAUGCUUUGUUCCUCCAUAUUAUUUGAUACCUGCUCAAUGAAGGAGAAUAGAAGAAAAGGUUAUACAAUUAAAAGUAUAUAUUUUUUUACCUUAAAUUUUCUUCUCUGCUCCAAAUCAGUUAUCUGGUUGAUUAUGCCUAUCCUGAAAUUUUGGUGCUGCGUACGUAGUUUACGGAUGGUGGGUUCUAUUUAUAAAGUUGAAUUGUCCUAGUUCAAAUCAGAUUGGUUGGACUUAGAGUUCUUGAGUGGGAAUGAUUAC